GGUGUACCUCUACAGGCUAUGCGUCAACACACCCAACGUCAUGCUUGCUCCUCCCUCGGCUUCAGUGACAAAGAAACCUUCAAGCUGAACAAAAUACUUACAAAUCCGAGCUACAAUCGGAAUAUCUAUGUCUCCGAAAGAUACCGAACCAUCAUCUGUCUCAUUCCGAAAGCAACCAGCUUGAACUGGGUGAGAACUCUACUUAUACUAGAGGGCGCGAUCAACUCGACGAAUGGCUUGGCGCCGAUGGAAAUGGUACGUGCAGGCCAUAAGCAUCUCCGCGUGCUAGGCAGCUAUGAAUCUGGCAAGAGGCUUGGUAUAUUACGGAAUUACUCGUCGGCGAUCUUCGUGCGCAAUCCGUAUUCCCGUCUUCUGUCCGCUUUCCGUGACAGACUGGAGAUCCACACCAAUCGGAAUCUGGCACAUCGUAAAAGGUUAAACAAACAUAUCUAUUUGAAGUUCGGGAACCAUUCUCCCGCAGAGAUGCCGGAUCUGUCGAUGCCAAGCGAGAAAUACAACGUCACUUUCAAAGAAUUCGUGGACUAUUACCUGAGUGCAGGGUCUAAGGACGUGCACUGGCGAGAACUACACAAAGUAUGCCCACCAUGUUUUGAUUACGAUUAUAUCGGCAACGUCGAAACGUACGCAGACGAUUUUAAGCAAACCGUUAAGAUAUUCGAUGCCACUUCUGCAGUGCGGUCGCUUGUGAAAGCGCCACAUGCGACAAAUAGUUCUGAGGAUGGCGUCUUGCGGAGGUAUUAUGGAACACUGUCGGAUCUUCAAAUGGAGAAGCUUGAAAAGCAGUUGAGUACGGAUAUGAAAGUGUUCGGUUAUUCGAUUCCUCGAGUAAUUCAAAGAAAUUCAAUGUAAGCCUCGUUCACAUGCACGAAACGCGGCAAAACCGCGGCGGAAUUUUAACCACGUUAAUGAUGACGUAGAGUAAUGCACUUCACGUUGCUGUAUCUUAUGACACAGCUAGAGCUCGGUCAAUACGCGCAGGAUCUUCGUGACACACAGUUUAAUUAAUUUAAAUUUAAAUUUAAUCGUAUUUCGUUUCCAGUGAUUCACCGCGGCAUAUCUGAACAAGCCUUCAAUGUCAGUGUUGAUACCUUCCAAUUAAAGUAUCAUUACACAUGUUAAGCAUGAUGUAUUACUCCAUAUCCUU